AUGGGGCACGCCGACUACGAAAAGAUCGAGGUGGUGGGCGAGGGCACCUUUGGUGUCGUGACACGGGCCCGGGUGAUCAAGACAGGGCAGGAGGUCGCGAUCAAAAAGAUCCGCAAGCCGAGCGGCAAGAACGGCGCAGACCUGUCGACGCUCCGUGAGACGAUGCUGCUGGCCGAGCUACGCCACCAGCACGUGAUCGAGUCCAGCGAGGCCUACUCGCACAACAGCGCCCUCUCGCUCGUCUUUGAGUUUUGCGUCCUUGAUCUGGAGAAGGCACACUCUUCUCUGACUUUCCCUCCACGGCCGAUGCUUCAGAUCCUCCGCGACAAGACGACGCCGCUCGACACGUCGCGCAUCAAGGGCUACCUGCUCGGCGCCUUCCGCGGCCUCGCCUUCUGCCACGCCAACUGGGUGCUGCACCGCGACCUGAAGCCGGGGAACCUCCUGCUCAACGCGUCGGGGCACGUCAAGCUCGCUGACUUUGGCCUCGCCCGCUUCUACGGCUCGCCCGGCCGCAAGUUCACCGGCCAGGUCGUCACCCGCUGGUACCGCCCGCCGGAGCUGCUGUUCGGCGCAAAGCACUACGGCCCCGCUGUCGACCUGUGGUCGAUGGGCUGCAUCUUUGCCGAGCUGAUGACUCGCGCGCCCCUCUUCCCGGGAGGCUCCGACAUCGACCAGCUCUCGCGCGUCUUCUCCCUGCGCGGCACCCCGACCGACGAGAGCUGGCCGGCCGUCUCGAAGCUGCCCGACUACAUCCAGUUCAAGGAGGUGGCGCCGGUCCCGCUGCCGACGCGCUUCCCUGCCGCCUCGCCCGCCGCCCUGCGCUUGCUCGGCGACCUGCUCUCCCUCGACCCGGAGCAGAGGCCGAGCGCCGACAAGGCGCUCGCGCACGCCUUUUUCGACCAGGCGCCGCCCGCCGCCUCGCCUGCCGAGCUCGUGCCGCGCGCGAGGCCACCGGCCGCGCAGCAGCGCGGAGAGAAGCGGCCAAACCCGGACGCGAGGUGACACACAGGCUUGCCAACAUGCCGCACGAACUUACUCGUCACUCGUCGACUCGACUCCCCUUCUUUCUCUAUACACUAUUAUACUAUACUCUAACACGUAUGUACUGACCAACUCUCGCAACUGUGAACUGACUACUGAGCAGAGUGUAAUCUGUAAAGCCCUAAGCCGCUAAGCCGCA